AUGCUAUUCUUAAACAUUUUCAUUAAUCUAUUAAAAAAUGCAUAAGGUAUUCAUUUAACUUAGUAGUCAAGUAAAGGGUUUGAUAGUCAUAAUGAAAAUAGCGAGAUCAUAGCCAACAAUAUGAUGAUUAACAAUUAGGGGUAUAAUCAAACAGUGAAUUCAAGUGGUACGGGUGCGAAGCCCAAGAUAUUUAGAAUUAGUUCAAACAAAAUUCCAGGUUUUAGUCACUAGAGUAGUAUGGGAGGAGUGGCAAACAGCAUAAGCAAGCCUUCCCACGGUUAUAUAUCCAAGCUGCCUUCUAAUCCACAAAACAUUCUUCAAAAGAAAAACACCAAGUAAAAAGCUUAGUUGGAGUUAGACAAUUUCGUUCUCGAAAGUAUACCCAAGUAGAUUGUGGUGGUGCCCAAAGCUAUAGAUUAAUAACUCAGCCAAAAUGAGCUUGAGUCUCAGUCAAUACAGAAAGGGCAUUUAGAUUCUAGAUAGUCUGAUAACCAGCACUCACCUACUGAUCAAUGGAAGGAACAGCAGCAGCUGAUUGAGAAUUUUUAUAAUCAAAGAUAUGGAAGCAAGUAAAAUAGUGGUGGAGUUAGCACUGAGGAAAAACGAGUGAAAUUUAUGCAGCAACAAAAUAACUCAGAGUCCCAGAUCUAAUAUGAUAAGGAACUCUUAGACGAAAAUAUCGUAGGGAGGAUAAAUGCCAAGUUAGAAUAAGAGGAGCAGUCACCAGACAAAAAGAAUCCGUAGAAUAUGAUACAAAAGAACAUACUUUAACAAAGUAGUGCUUCGGAGUACUAAAUUACCAAUGAUCUUGGAUAGAUACCUCCUAACAUACCCUUCUCAAAUAUGGCUCUAUUCACUAAUCUUUCUGAGAAGGAGAGAUUUAUCAAGUUUUCUACUGAAUUCAACAAGGUUAAGGCUUAGUUGGAGGCUCAUAGGCAUGAAGACUAUAGUAUUUGCUUGUUGUAUUUGAAAGCUAAGAUUGGGUACAAGAUUGCUGAACCUACAAGAGAUCAAGUCAAGAACUUUAUGAAGUUUGUGAAGGACGAGAAGAGGCUAUUUGACUUAAGAAAGCAAUACGAGGAAAUCAUAAUAGAGGCAAUGGAUGGAUUGUAUAGUUAUGAGAGAGCAUAGGAGUAUCAUGAGAGAAAAAGAAGAGCACAGACAGCUGAGAUAGCUGAUACACUUUAAAAUCAUUAGUAAAAGCUGCUUGAGAUGCUGGAGCAAUAAAAGAUAAACAGACGAAGAAACAAACUUCAUUACCAGAGAAAAGUGCCCUAUGGCAACUAGCCAAUGAAGCUCUAAACUAUCAUGUCUAGUUACAUAGAUGAAAACAAGAAACUUUCAGCUAAGGAAUUCAUUCCCCCUUCUCUAGAGAAUUAGUACCCGUGUGCAGUGAAUUUCAACAAAGAGACAGUGAACACAGUGCUUAACUUUGCCUAGGAAUCCAAGGUGCAUCUCAUGAGUUCAAUGAGCACUAAUAACUUGAGCACCAAGCCAACCUCAUCUGCUGGACAGAAUAUUCUAAGUGACAUCAAGCGAAACAGAUCAGCUGUAAAUCUAGAGAAGAUCUCUAGAGAGGCUGACGGUCAAGCUCAUAACUCAAACAAUCCAAUGACGCCAUACUAGCAACAUAGACAUUAGCAUGGAGUUCCUAGUAACUCUAUGCUAAAAUCUUAGUCACAGGUUGUCAUAAGCAAUAUUUCGCAACAGCAGUCGGAUCAGAAGGCAUAGAUGUAAUCCUCUCAUAUGUCUCAGAUGCAUUCGCAGUCUCAGCAGCAAUAAUCGUCUCAGAUUGAGAACGAAAAAGCAUAUUAAAAGAUAUCGAAGUUGAAUAAUGUGGAAUCUGAGUCAGUUUUUAAGAGGAAUAGACUUAUGUUAGAGCAUGUCAUGCUUGAGAGAGCCAUGAAGAAACUCAAUAAAAGGCAAGAGAGGAAAGAAGCGAGGAAACUGCAGGAGAAUAACGGUGGCACUAAUGACUGGAAAAUGAGAUAAGCAAUCAGUAAUGAAGUAUUUGAAAUGCAGAGACAGUCAACUGCACCUAACAGAAGAGGGAAAUCAGGCUAGCAAGAAUUCAACAUCUAAGUUAAAGUGGCAACUAUCGAAGACAAGGAUCAUGUGCUCUACCUUAUGAACGAGAAUGCCAAACUGAUAGGAGGCUAUGAGAAGGAAAAGUUUGAGUUUGCUGGAGAGUACGUACUUAAGAACGAACACUAUGGGUUUUUCAUUCUGGCUUUUGAUGAGAGAUCUCAACAAGAUGAGGAAUAAAGCAGUGGACAGGACAUGAAGCGAGCAGCUGGGUUUAUGUUCUUUACCUAUGAGUGGAGUGACUGGAGAAGCGGGUUGUUCUUCUGGAUGCAGUCCUGCCAUGUAGCUGAGGAAUAUAGAAAGGCAGGCGUCUUUACUAAGAUGCAUGAGUUGCUGCAAAAAGUCAUGACAGAGAAGAACUGUUGUGGAAUUAGAUUGAACUCUGAGAUCAGGCUGGAGAAGUAAUGGGCUCCAAUAGUAAAUAAACUUGGACUGAAAAGAGCGCAUUAUCACAUCUAUGAAAUCGAUGUGGCAAAAUGA